AUGGAAAAGAUUGAGAAUGUUGGUAUACGGGUAAAGGAAUAUUUGGAUGAUGCUAGAAGGGAGAAAUGGGCUCGGCUAUAUUCACCUGUUAACAAAGGUUGGACGAUGACUUCGAAUAUAGAGGAAUGUAUUAAUGGAAAACUAGUAGCUGCAAGAGAGUUGCCUGUUUUUGAUUUCCUUGAAGAAGUUAGGAGGAUGUUUGGGAGAUGGAAUUGCACAAAUAGGAAAAAUGGUACAUACACAUUCUCAACACUUUCGAGACGGUACCAGGAAAUGCUCUCAAUGAACGAGUAUAAAUCGUUACGUAUGAGGGUUGAAGCAUUAACUGAAUAUGUUUAUACGGUGACAAUUAAAUGGAUGUCAAUGAUCUCGCAUGUGCUCUACGUGUAA